AGGAAGAGCUUGCUCCGAAAGUUCUGCGCAGUAUGGGAAAUGACAUGCUGCCGUUCAACUACAGCUUCUACAUGCUGAUUCCUGGAGUUUUGCCUGUGCUCACGUCUUUGAUUCCUAAAAUAAUGGCUGGACAGCCGGAGCUCGCGAAUGUCUCGCAACAGGUCAUUUGGGCCUUGAGGUUGCUGAUGGACUGGAGCAUGGAUGUCAUUUUAGCCCUCUUCUGGAUUCGCACCGCCAUGCGGAUCUGGUUGCUGGCCGUACGCUACAUGCCACAUUGCUGUAGCAAGUACCCGGUCCUCAUGGCGUGUCUUUUGACGAUGCCCGCCGGCUCCGUGUUGACGUUGAUCCUAUUCUCAAGUGACAUUUGCAUGCACGCGUCAGAAGACGAUAGCAUGCUUCCGGCGAUCCCCUUCACCAUUUGGCUCUUCAUUCUCUGCGGCCUUUGGUCCCACAGAUCAGUGGACGUCUUCGCACCACCCGCGGGGCUGGGGCGCUCCGCAUCCGCUGACCUGGAGUCCCUCGAGAGUUGCAAGGAGUGCAACGAGUGCCCUAAGUGCAAUGAAUGCAGUGAGCGCAAAGACUGCAACGAGCACGAUCAGGGCAAUGUGUGGAAUGAACACUUUUCUAUCUAGUGAUCUACUUUCUGCUUCGAGAGACAAACGUUAGCAUAGCCAUAGUUAUCACAUACACAUACACAGUUUACGUCUUGGUGGAUCCAGAUGGCGGUGCCGUGGCUCCGCAGUGGGACCUCACAUACAACUCGCUCAACUGCGUUGUUGCGAGUUGUGUUUUUCAGUUCCACGAGGUACACGUUUUUGGCGGUUUUGAGCUUCCAAGCCGGAUCUGUAUGGAUCUCUGAUCUUUCAGGCAUCGGGUUUCCUAUAGAAAUGUACACAUCAAUGCAUGGAUUUUCAUUGAAUGCUGUUUACUGUUUUCAUUCUUUCUUUGUAGCAAGGUGUGCACAAAAUGGGCCUCGCAGGGAUGGUUGGC